AGGGGAGAUUUAGGCAGAGCCCUGCAGGGAGAUGGGCAGUUGCCUUCACUCCCUCUUUCUCUCAAGGACUCGAUUUGUGGCUGGUGGAGCUGUCAAGAAUGAAGAGAACAAUGAGCAGCGAGUGUUUGUUACCUUAUUACACAGCCCACAGCUACCGUUCAAUGGGUGUGUUCAAUACCUCCAUGGGGGAACUGCAACGACAACUGUACAAGGGAGGGGAGUAUGACAUUUUCAAAUAUGCACCUAUGUUUGAAAGUGACUUUAUCCAGAUCAGCAAAAAAGGAGAGGUGAUUGAUGUACACAACCGUGUCCGAAUGGUGACCGUGGGCAUUGCAUCCACUAGUCCCAUCCUCCCGCUACCUGAUGUCAUGCUGCUGGCUCGACCAACGAAAGUCUGUGAAGAACAUGCCAGACACGCCCGGACCACCACCAAGGGGAGAGGUCGCAAGCCCACAAAGAUCCUAGAGCUCACCAGGCUGCUUCCCCUAAAAUUUGUCAAGAUCUCCAUUCACGAUCGUGAGAAACAGCAGCUGCGCCUGAAGCUUGCCACUGGCCGUACUUUCUAUUUGCAGCUGUGUCCCUCUUCAGAUGCACGAGAAGAUCUCUUCUGCUACUGGGAAAAACUUGUCUAUCUUCUGAGACCCCCAGUGGAUAGCAGCAGUAGUACCCCGACCCUGCCAACUAGGGAAGGAGCCAACUUAGAAGAUGACAAAAGCCUAAUGACCACAGAGCUCCAUGGAGAAGGGGAUCAGGAUGAGUUCAGGCUUCACAAGCCCCGUGAGGUGUCUAGAGCCAACUCUUCUGCUUAUGCUGGGGGAGAGGGAAUCCAUCAUGGUCACCGUGGAAUGCCCAGUUCACCUGCAGUUAUGAGGUCUGCAGGGAUGGCCAAAGGAGCAGCUAACAGGGCAGCCUCAGGCAUGGCAGUAGCGGGAUCAGCAACAAGCUCUACAGCAGGCUUGGCAGUGGCAGGAGCAAAAACAAGCUCUUCAUCAGGUGCUCUGAGCUUAGCAGCAACCAAAUCUACGAGCACAGGCCAGGUAAGCACGGCCCUGUCUGGAGCCACCGUCAAAUGUCCGGGAGAAAGCGGAUCCAACAAGGCCAUCGCAGGUGCUGUCAAUAUAUCCUCAGAGGGUACAAAUGUGGCCUUGGGUGCUGCAAGCAUGUCCUCAGUAGGUGCUUCUACCCUGACCACGGGGGCUGCCAGUAUCUCCCCAGGGAGCAGCAUGAGUGUGGUGUUUGCAGGCACCAUGACAACUGGCACAGCUGCUGCAGAAAGAUCUGGAUGCCUAGUUGUAGGACCCCUUGUCUCCACCUUGCAGAGUGAAGGCUACAUGAGUGAACGGGAUGGAAGCCAGAAGGUCUCCCAGCCCAAUGCUGAAACCCGGAAGGGAAAAAAAGAAAGAAGAGAAAAGAAGGACAGAACUUCCAGCAGGAAAAGUUCCCAUCACCACAGGACAGGUGAAUGUCACCACAGGACAGGUGAAGGUCACCACAGGAGAGGUGAACGUCACCACAGGACAGGUGAAGGUCACCACAGGACAGGAGGAAAUAAGUCGACCCGGAAAUCAUCCUCCCAUCGGUCCUUAUCCGGCCAUGACAAAAGAGAUGACAGAAAGGAGAAGGGGCAGAGCCAUGCAAGAAGCAGAGGACACAGCUCUCACAAGAGUGGUACCCAUGGCUCUGCAGCAAGGGUGUCAAGGACAGCUCACAAAUUGGGGAAGAUCAAAUCUGCAAAUAGUUCAAGUGCUAUAAGUAAGAAAUCCAGUAAAAUUGGCUCUUUCUUCAGGAACUUGAGAGCCAUGCCUGGUUCAAAAACAGGGGUCCCAUCACACGAUAGAGAGGUAGACUUCGUGGCUAAGUCAUUAGAGAAGUGCAACAUAGAGACGAAGGUAGAGAAAACCCCAGAUGGCAAAGACCUGGAGAUCUGUAGCACCAUGACAUCUGAAUCAAUGGAGACCAUAAUCUUUGAAGCUAAAUCCAUUUAAAUAGGAGACCAGGCAGGAAUCUGCAGUGGAGACCCAGCCUCAGGGAAGUAUCCCUAGAGUCAAUUCCAGCUUUCUCUAAUAAAGGAAACCAUGCAACUCCAAAAGAAA